CUAACUCAGUUCUGUUUGGUGCCAGCAGUAGAAUUGUUCGGACGCACCCGGCGUGCAACAAAUACUGAUCUUGUCAGGAAGGACUGCUGUCUUAGCCCAUCACAAAUUUUAAGCCUGCGCUAGUCUGCCUUGUUACCUAUCUUACCUUUCUUGGACUGAAAUGACGAAAGGCAAGAGAGGCGCAUUCUAUGACGACGACGACCUUGACGAUGGCUACGAUGACGACUAUGACGAUGAUUACUAUGAAGAGGAGCCCGCUCCAGCUCCUAAGAAGGCCGAGCUAGCCAAGCCUCAGGCAGGGGGCAAGCAGCCUGCACAGACUGCACCCAAGGCAGCCCCGUCAGCCGCUCCGGCGCGCGCAGCAGGUGCCUCCAAGCUGGCUCAGAGCCUUUGCGACCCGCCGCCACCGGGCCCCGGUGGCAAGGCGCAGAGGGGGGCCAAGCCCGACCCCGCUGUCAAGUCGUUGCAUCAGCCCACCUACCCGGUAGCUCCAGCUGCCACCAGCUCCAGCCCAUUCCAGUUUGACACGCCCUCGCCAGACGAUGCAGUGAAGGCGGCACAGGAGCGGAAGCCAGGCGCCGUAGCGCCGCCGGCAGCCGCCGCCGCGCCGACGGCUCCCUCACUGCCCCAGAACAAAAACUUCCUGCGGCCUAGCCCCAUGCUACAGCAGCAGAAGCAGCAGCAGGGCGGGCCGGCCAAUGGCGAGGGCGCUGACGAGGCGGCACGUGGCGUGGCGGCACUGGGCUUGACGUCGGCUGCUUCUGGUGGAAGCGAGGGCGGCACCACGCCGGGCGGCGGCACGCGGCAGCACCACCCGCACCUGGGGCACCCCGAGGCGCCCAACGCGCUGUCCCACCCAGGCGGGCUGCACGGGCUGCACACGCGGCGGCCAGUGACCGAGUACGUCAUGGAGGCGGACCUGGCCAGGGACGUGGCGGCAGCCACCGCUUCCGAGUCCUCCUCCACCUCCACCUCCGGCUCCUCCUCCGGCUCCUCCAAGCCGCCGCUGCACCUGGUGGUGCUGGGCCACGUGGACGCCGGCAAGUCCUCCCUCAUGGGCCGCCUGCUGCACGACCUGGGGCUGGUCAGCGCCAAGGAGGCGCACAAGUUCCAGCGGGAUGCGGCGGCGGCGGGCAAGGGCUCGUUCGCGUGGGCGUGGGUGUUGGACGAGCGGCCUGAGGAGCGCGAGCGCGGCGUGACCAUGGACGUGGCCAUGACCCGCUUCGCCACCAACAGGUUCGCCGUCACGCUGCUGGACGCGCCCGGGCACCGCGACUUCGUGCCCAACAUGAUUGCAGGCGCGGCCCAGGCCGACGCGGCAUUGUUACUGGUGGACGGGUCCCCCGGUGGCUUUGAGGCGGGGUUCAGCGAGGGCUCUGGCGGCUUGCACGGCGCCCCCGGCGGCCAGACGCGCGAGCACGCGGCUUUGGCCCGCAGCCUGGGCAUUGAGCAGAUGGCGGUGGUGGUCAGCAAGCUGGACACGUGCGGGUACGACCAGUCCCGGUUCGAGUCCAUCCGCGCGGCGCUGCUGCCGUACCUCAAGUCUGUGGGCUUCAAGGAGUCGGGGCUGCAGUGGCUGCCCGCCGCGGGGCCGCUGGGGGAGAACCUGGUGGGGCCACCGCAGGACCCGGCGCUCAAGGCCUGGUGGGGCCCCGGCCGACCCUGCGUGACGGACGCAAUUGACGCCUUCGCGCCGCGGGAGCGCGCCGUGUCGCGGCCGCUGCGCCUGCCCGUGUCAGACGUGUUCAAGAGCAAGACAGGCGCGGUGGUCCUGGGCGGCAAGCUGGAGGGCGGCGCCAUGCGGCCCGGCAGCAGGGUGGUGCUGGUGCCGGGGCCGGCGCAGCCCUUCGCCGUCCGCAGCCUGGAGGUGGGCGGCGGCGCCGCCAAUCUGGCACGCGCGGGCGACAGCUGUGAGGUGGCGCUGGUGGCGCACGGCGGCGGCGGCGGCGGCGGCGGCGCCAUUGACCCCUCCCUGGUCGCCCCCGGCGCCGUCCUGUGCCACGCCGACUUCCCCGCGGUGCUCGUCACCAAGUUCCAGCUGCGACUCGUGGUCCUGGACGUGCCGGUGCCGCUGCUGCGCGGCCAGGCGGUGACGCUGCACGCGCACGUGGCGCGCGAGGAGGGACACCUCAGCGCGCUGGUGGCGCUGCUGGACCCGCGCACGGGGGAGGAGGUCAAGGCCCGACCGCGCUGCCUGACGCGCGGGCAAUCGGCGCUGGUGGAGGUGACGUCCAGUCGCGGCCUGGUGCUGGAGGAGUACGCGCACUACCGGGCCCUGGGGCGUGUGGCGCUGCGCGAGGGCGGCCGCACGCUGGCGGUGGGCGUGGUCACCCAGCUGCUGGAGUAGGCGGCUGUGGUGGUGGGCACGGACGCUGCAGGUGGGGCCUGUUUGUGGUGGGGGCAUUUGGGCGGGGGCUGGGGUGUGGUGGGGUGUGGCGUGGUGUGGCGGGCGCUGCGUGGCUGUGUUGUCGGCAGGUGUGGUGCGGUGGUGUUGGUCUAUGUUGUAGGGCUAUGUUGCCUCUGGUUGCAUGGGCGCAGCAGGUGGGUGCAGGUGUACUCGUGGGUGCGUGCAUUUUGCAUAGACGGCAGGCGACGGCUGUUGUGGUGGUGGAUAUUGGGCGCAUCCGAGUAUUUCCGAUGUUUGGAGGGCUGGAGGUCGGGUGGGCGAGAUUAUGUUAUCUGUUUCUCCGUCCAGCUCUUCGUCCUCUCCUCGAAACCCAUGGCCGGUCGUGCCCGUCGCGACCAGACCUUGCCGUGGUCGGCGGCGAGCCGGCGACAGCUGCCCGCGGUUGCUGGGGCUAAAGCCACGGGAGUCCCCUGCUUGUCGAGCUGCCGGACGUAGCGGACCAGACCUUGGGGCCACCAUCGCUGCUACUGCCGCAACUGCUGGCUGCUGUGAUGAUACGAGUACGUACACUCUGCUAUAAUUUGGUGUACUGGACCAAAACAAUCUGUAAAAUGACGCAUUA